AUUAAUGCAAUAUUGGUCUCAAGGAUUUGUUUCUAUUCAUAGGGUGAAAGAUGGCGGUCACAUACUGCGUUUUGGUGCUUUUCUUGGCAGCAGGAGUAAGUGCAAACAUUACCGGACAGCACGUGACUUCGGGAGAGUGUGUGUGCAUAACUGGAACCAACGUGAAUGCCCGUACAUCAGCCGGUUUGUCUGCGUCAGUUGGUGCGACACUGAACACAGGUGAUUGUUUCAAAAUCCAUGGAGGGGUGCUAACCAGGGACGGAUACAAGUGGUUCGAGCUCACCCAUGUGUCAGGAACACAGAAUCUCUGGGUGGCGGGAACACUGCUAAGCAAAGCGGCAGCCUCCUACUGUUCUGCAGGGUCCUCUGGCUCCGGUUCGUGUACCACCAACACUAAAAAUCUCGCCUGCCAGCUCCUACAGAUGCACACAUCCGGGACAAUCCAUCUUUGGAACCGCCAUCCUUCUGGUGUCCAUGACAAUGCUUACGCAUUAAACAAUAUCAAGGAUACGUGUAAUGGGCACCAAGCUUCCAGAUCUCAUUAUACUUGUUCAGAGUGCCGAAGUCCAGGUGCCCCGGGUGGCCACGUCUGUUUGAGCGAGAGCUUGUUGCGCUAUUUGGUUGAACUUGGCACACAUGGGUAUAUACAUGUGAACGAAAUUGCCGGAGCGUGCCAUUCCUGUCAUUCCCACCAUUACCAAGGGACAGCUGUAGACCUCGAUCCUGGUUCCAGGAAACACGAAUUCAUGAGUAAAUGUACCUCAAUGGGAGGCUGGGCCCUCGACGAAAUCAACCACAUCCAUUGUCAGUUUGACCAUUGAUAACAUACAUUAAAUCUCAUAGCGUAUUAGGA